AUGGGAGACACACAAUUCCAUUUUCCAUGCGAAGAAGAUAAUGUUCAGUGCAAGUUGGUCUCAAAAAGACCACGAUCCAGGUUUUUCCUGAACAGUAGACUGGAGUUCAUAGACGGUGUUGAAGUGAACGAAACACUACGUCAGGGUCGGGAUUCAUGUACCAAAAUAGAAAGCAGAUUUGCGAAUCGUGUGCAAAGACAAGCUUUGGAUGCUCUUAUUAGCAGUAUGGAUUAUAAACCAGCUGCACUCGUCAUCAAUGGAGAUUUGACUGAUUUUGGACAUUUACACCAGUUGCAUGAGUUCAGACAAGUCUGGUACAACAACUUCCCGAUACCUUUCAUUCUUGGGUUAGGAAACCAUGAUUAUCAGAACAAUAUAAACGAUUGUGCCUUAAAUUUUUGUGCUCAUACGAUGCUUUCUUGGUAUACAGACUAUGUGAAGAACAUGUCUCUUGUGGCGGAUAUUCAGAGAAAAACAGUAAAAUUCGAUGUGGAAUUCACUGGAAGUUUGGCUUACACAGAGACAGUUUGCUCUAGUUCAAGAAAACUAUGUGCCUUCGUUAUCCAACUCAACAAUGCAAUUGACUAUAAUGUGGAAUUCUCAUCUCUUUUUGUGAAAUGGAAUAUCUCUUCUCCGAUGAAAUAUCUUCAUAACGAGUUGAACCUUCUUGGAAGUACCUCUCUUCCAAUUCUUUUGAAUAUGCACCAAUGUGAAAGUAUGCAUAUUCAUAAGAUCAAAAUGAUGUUAAGACGUUGGAUGUCAACUGUGAAGAAAAGUUUUGAAUCAAAUCACAGAGUGCCAAGAAUUGGAGCAUUUUAUGCACAUAUGCAUCAAAGACAUGAAGUGACCUUAGAAUGUAUUGAAGGGUACAAAGUGCCAUUUGUCUACAUUGGGAGUGUACCAAAUAAUAGAUUCACCAAGUUUGACAUGACCGCUUCUACAGCGACUAUCACAGGGUACAAGGCUCGUGACAGUUUAAUGUACAAUGGGGAGAUACUUGAGCAACUGGAGACCGUCGACUUAUGGGGACCAUGUGUUAGAACAGAACAUUUCAGAUUUGAAGAUCACGUCACCAGGAAAAGAAGAGACUUCAUUAGAAGAAACCGCAACCAAGCUGAUUUUUCAUCGGAUGCCAGUGCACUCUUUUUUUGA